AUGCCGCAAAGCAUUCCUCUAAAAGCGCCAAACGGUCAAGAAUGGGAGCAGCCAACCGGCCUCUUCAUCAACAAUGAAUUCGUAGAUUCCUCGGCCCCAAAUAAUACCAUAUCCUCGAUAGAUCCGGCCACGGAACAAGAAAUCGCAGCCGUGCAAGCCGCAACAGCCCAAGAUGUAGACCGCGCGGUGCGAGCCGCGAAGAAAGCACUGAAAAGCCCAGAAUGGAAGAACAUGUGCGUUACGCAACGCGGGCGCCUCAUGGCCAAGCUCGCAGACCUAAUUGAAGAGAACAAGGAAUUGCUUGCUACGAUUGAUGCCUGGGACAACGGAAAACCGUACCACGUAGCCCUCAACGAAGACGUGCCCGAGUCCUUCUCCACAAUCCGGUACUACGCAGGAUGGUCCGACAAGCUCUCUGGCCAAACCAUCAGCACGACGCCGCAGAAAUUCGCAUACACGCUGCGCCAGCCGGUAGGCGUCGUGGCGCAAAUCAUACCCUGGAACUACCCGCUAUCCAUGGCAUGCUGGAAAUUGGGGCCUGCGCUCGCGUGCGGCAACACAGUUGUGCUGAAAGCCGCGGAGCAGACGCCGCUGUCGAUUCUCGUGCUGGCGACGCUGAUUCGGGAAGCGGGGUUUCCGGCUGGCGUGGUGAAUAUUUUGAAUGGGCUUGGAAGGGAGGCUGGUGCGGCGCUGGUGCAGCAUGCGCUGGUGGACAAAGUGGCGUUUACAGGGUCGACAGCGACGGCAGCGCAGAUCAUGAAGAUGGCGGCUGGCGGGCUGAAAAACAUCACGCUGGAGACCGGGGGCAAGUCGCCGUUGCUUGUAUUCGGCGACGCAGACAUGGAGCAGGCGGUGCGCUGGUCGCACAUUGGCAUCAUGUCGAACCAAGGCCAGAUUUGCACGGCGACCUCGCGCAUACUGGUCCAGGAAUCCGUUUUUGAAACCUUCAUGGCCUUGUUCCGCGAGCAAAUCAAAAAGGUGUCCGUCAUUGGCGAUCAAUGGAGCGAGAGCACGUUUCAGGGCCCCCAGGUGACGAGGCAGCAGUACGACAAGGUGCUUUCGUAUGUCGACAUUGGCAAGUCAGAAGGCGCUGUGCUGGUCGAAGGUGGAGCGGCGUGCGAGGGGCAGGGCUACUACGUCAAGCCGACGGUGUUUACAAACGUCUCGCCUAGCAUGCGCAUCUACAGAGAAGAGAUAUUUGGUCCAUUUGUCGUCAUUGCUACUUUCGUGAGUGAGGAGCAAGCAAUAGAUAUGGCAAACGACUCGGCUUUUGGUCUCGGCAGCGCAGUCUUCACGAGGGACCUGGAGAGAGCACAUAGAGUUGCAGCAGAGAUUGAGUCGGGUAUGGUGUGGGUGAAUAGCAGCCAGGACUGCGACUAUAGGAUACCGUUUGGCGGUGUCAAGCAGAGCGGCAUUGGACGUGAGCUGGGAGAGGCUGGACUCGAAGCCUACACGCAAGUCAAGGCUGUACACAUCAACAUGGGCAAUAAGCUGUAG